CGGGCGAGGAUAGUCGGGUAUUUGGACGUCUGCCCACUUCCUAACAAAAUGUUCCAAUUCUGGUUUUGAUGGCAUUGGAGAAUGGAGCUAUAAGGCCAGCCUGGAGGUCAAACAAGCACAGUAUGGAUGCUUGCAGGAUGUCCAUGGAUUAAACAACAUUCUUGGAAUAAUAGUGGAACACCGACAUACAGUCUUGAUGGAAGAAGGAUGCUCUUGUGAUUUAAAAAAAUGACUUGAACCAAUGAAAGAAGCUUAUGGCACUUACAAAGAUAAACGUCACUCCUCCCUUUUUAAUUGGAACUUCUGCUUAGGAUCUGUGUUAUGACUUUUCAUCUGUGAACUGUUCUUUCAAUAGUCACUGACUUUGAGCUACAGGAAGGUGUCUGAAGAUUAUAUCAAAUGACGUCAAUGGCCAGCUUGUUUUCUUUUACUAGUCCAGCAGUAAAGCGAUUAUUGGGCUGGAAGCAAGGUGAUGAGGAGGAGAAAUGGGCAGAAAAGGCAGUUGAUGCUUUGGUGAAAAAGCUAAAAAAGAAAAAGGGUGCCAUGGAAGAGCUGGAGAAAGCCUUGAGCAGCCCAGGACAGCCAAGCAAAUGUGUCACUAUUCCCAGGUCUUUAGAUGGACGCCUACAGGUUUCUCACAGAAAAGGCUUACCCCAUGUUAUAUAUUGUCGGGUUUGGCGAUGGCCUGAUCUGCAGAGUCAUCAUGAGUUAAAGCCAUUGGAUAUUUGUGAAUUUCCUUUUGGAUCUAAGCAAAAAGAAGUGUGUAUCAACCCAUACCACUAUAAGAGAGUGGAGAGUCCAGUCUUACCUCCAGUGUUAGUGCCUCGUCAUAAUGAAUUCAAUCCACAACACAGCCUUCUGGUUCAAUUUAGGAACCUAAGCCACAAUGAACCGCACAUGCCACAGAAUGCGACCUUUCCUGAUUCUUUCCACCAGCCCAACAACACUCCUUUUCCUUUAUCUCCAAAUAGCCCCUACCCACCUUCUCCUGCUAGCAGCACAUACCCCAACUCCCCAGCAAGCUCUGGGCCAGGAAGUCCAUUUCAGCUCCCUGCUGAUACUCCUCCUCCUGCCUAUAUGCCACCAGAUGAUCAAAUGGGUCAAGAUAAUUCCCAACCCAUGGAUACAAGCAAUAAUAUGAUUCCUCAGAUAAUGCCCAGCAUAUCCAGCAGAGAUGUUCAGCCAGUUGCCUAUGAGGAGCCUAAACAUUGGUGUUCAAUUGUCUAUUAUGAAUUGAACAAUCGUGUUGGGGAGGCUUUUCAUGCAUCUUCUACUAGUGUGUUAGUGGAUGGAUUCACAGAUCCUUCAAACAACAAAAGUAGAUUCUGCUUGGGGUUGUUGUCAAACGUUAAUAGGAAUUCAACAAUUGAAAACACUAGACGACAUAUUGGAAAAGGUGUUCAUCUGUACUAUGUCGGCGGAGAGGUAUAUGCAGAGUGCCUCAGUGACAGCAGCAUAUUUGUACAGAGUAGGAACUGCAACUUUCAUCAUGGCUUUCAUCCCACCACGGUGUGUAAGAUUCCCAGCAGCUGCAGCCUCAAAAUUUUUAACAAUCAAGAGUUUGCUCAACUUUUGGCCCAGUCUGUCAACCAUGGAUUUGAGGCAGUAUAUGAGCUCACCAAAAUGUGUACUAUUCGAAUGAGUUUUGUCAAGGGCUGGGGCGCAGAAUAUCACCGGCAGGAUGUUACUAGCACCCCAUGUUGGAUUGAGAUUCAUCUUCAUGGGCCUCUUCAGUGGCUGGAUAAAGUCCUCACUCAGAUGGGCUCCCCUCUGAAUCCCAUAUCUUCUGUUUCAUAGUGCAGAAGUAUUGUUUUCAAUUACAUUAUUAGUGGACUUGUUUUAAUUUUAGGGAAAUUUUCUGUACUGAUACUGUGAGCUUACAUGGAAAACAGAUAUUACAGCUUAUUUUUUUCUACAUAAUUGUGACCAAUACAUUUGUAUUUUGUGAUGAAUUCACGUUUGUUUGUAUUCAUGUUCAUGUGAUUAACUCUCAAAAGUGUUGUAAAAGAUAGAGAGUAACUAUUGUGCCCCAAUUUAGAAGUUUCACAUUGUUCUUAAACUGGAAGAUAUUUUUGCCUUAUUGUUCCAACAGUUUUGUUGUUGUUGUAGUUAAAUUGUUUUGAAAAAUAAAUCACAUGAUGAAAAUCAGUAUAAGAGUAUGAAAAGUGAAAAAAAGUCUUCCUCUAGAAGCUAUGCUUGUACCAGUUUCUUUGUCCCACCAACUUUUAAAAAGUAUAAUUCACUGUUUUGUAAAAGCAUAUGGUAGGGACAUGAAAGAAACUAUAAAAAACAAUCACUUGAAGGAACACUAUGCACUGCUCUAACAAGUAGUGUUCAGUAAAAGCAAAGCGAUAGUCUUCUAGAGGACAUGGUAACAUUUACAUUUAAUACAGUUAAAUGUUUAUCAGUGUAUGGUGACUUCACUCAGUAUAUCUUUUGUAAAACGUUUUCUUUUACAAAAAUGUUAUUGCACACAUCAAAUCUCUAGUAUAUGUCAUUUACUCAGAACCUGUCUGUCACGUGUACUACUUCAUAGCUAGUGACAGUGCAUGCACGGCCUUGUUCAGCCAUGUUUGCUGCAUUUGGCCAACAUUGCAAGAACUCUAAUUUUGACAUGCAUUAAUCUUUUAUUUUGCACUUUGAUGGGUGACAGUUUUUAGUGUAACUUUUUGUGAAACACUCAAGUGACUUAGACUUAGAUGCUCAUCCUUGGUACCCUUUUUGUAUUAACAAACACUGCAAUUUAUAGAUUACAGUUAUAAGAAGUAAUGUUUUUCUAGUUUUGUUUUUAUUUUCAACCUAGAUGAUAAGGCUGUUAGUCUAUUGCUCCAACUUGAGGUGCCUUUUUUAUUCCCUGUAGCUUUAUGGAUGUUACUAAUGUCGGAAAAAUCGUGUACUUACUUGCAUUGCCCUUACUCAGAUCAUUCUCCCCAUGCAAGGACCUAUGUACUGUAACCAUAGGAGCCUCUUCAGUCUGGACCUAGGGAUGAGGCUGCUUGUUUGAUACUUAAAUGAAUUAGUAGUGAUCUUUGGGAUAGCUGAUUUUAAAACAUUCAAGAUUAAAGCCUGUUCUCUUAGGUACCAGGCACACUCUUUCUUUCAAGCACCCAUAUGGAUGCUAAUCUAAGAGGACAAAAUCAAUCCUCAGAGAGAAAAGAAAUAAAAAGUCUGUAAUAUUCAUUUAACCAGUCAUACUUAAAGACUUUGGCUAAAAGUCUCUUAAUAACCUUUUCUAGGGAGCAGUGAAGUAAACAUUUAGUUAUGGCAUGAGAACAAGGAAAUCAAUUUGGGAAAAGUGACCUAACUUACUUAUCAGAAGAAGUUUAUUGCCUGGUGCCUUUUCAAAGUAUAUGGAGCCAUAUGUUCUGUUGAAAAUAUGUUUGGUUUGAAUUUCUACUUUGUCCUUUCUACCUUAUGUAAGUAAAAAUAUGCAUUUUUUAAAGAAAAGAAUACAGUUCAUUUUGUUUCCUGUGAUAUUAUUUAUUGCUUCUACAAAGUGCAGCCAGUGGGUGGUUUUAAUUUUUUCUAAUGAAAUGCCAUUUGUGUUUCAGCUCAAGGUUCUUUGCUGGUUAAAAAGAUAAUUUCUAUAGUCUCCUGAGCCUUAAAGAUGAGUUUUACAUGAUACUGCUAGAGCUGUGUCAGCCACAGGAAAGGGAUUAUAUGCUUAGUGAUAAAAUCUUACCUGUCCUCAAAUUAUUUUACUUAUCAAACUCAUGAUACAGUCUUUGAAACAAUUUGUAGGGGAAAAAAACCCAGGUUGAAUGACAGAUACAUGUAGUCAAUUUCAUUGGACUUGAAUUGGUGGAGAUUCCUGAGUUGUUUUAUUGGUGUUAUCAGUAGAAUUAAAAAUUAUUUGUAUCUAAACUCAUGGCAUACCUUUAAAGUUAACAGACUUGUAAUUGGCUUUUCUAUGUCUUCUCUAAGAAGAUGUGUUCCUACUGACAGCUCUUAUGCCGUUAACUGGCAAGAGUAUAAUGGAGAAGUAUGAUGAAUCUGUUGUAUUUCUUAAAAGUUAUGAACGCCAUAUCUCUGGAAUUGAAAUGAAAACUUUAGUCCAUCUAGCUGCCUCAAUAAUUCAUGACCCCCAAAGGCCAUGGAGGAGAGAUUAAAAUUGCUGGUAAAAUUAACAAACAAACAAACAGAAAUUCUGACCAGUGAAAACAAUGGUCCUCUGAAAGAAAUCAUUUCAGAAUAUUACAGUAUUAAGUUUUUAUUUAAUUUCUAGAAUGGCUUAUAAUCAAAUUUAUGAAAUCAUCAAACCAAUAGAUCAGUCACAUUAUAGCAUCUACAGUUUAAUGAGCUGUGCCAUCCGAAGAGACAGAUAACAAAAGGAAAACCAGUUUAGUAAUUGUGAAGAGAAGUAGAAUCAAAAUUAAUCUCAGCAUGAAUUAAUGCAACAAAAGAAUGUAUUUUGAAAAAAGUACAAAAUUUAGAAGAUACAUUUGACUAACAUUUCUACAUUGUAGAGUAUUAUGGUCUGUUUGGUAUUGCCCAGCUAAAGUUAAUAGAAUGUAAACUAGUAAGCAUGUUAUUGAUGUACUGAAGCUAAUGUUUUUCCUUUACAGAAAAUUUAAGGAAGACGUUAAUUUAAAAAGUCAUAUAUACACCAGAAGAUAAAUCAUUUUCACAUUUACUGUUGUUAUAUAAGGAAAUUAUGAUAAGAGCAUUGAUUGGGUUUCUGAGGAUAUUUCCACAGAAAGAUUACUGGACAGUUCAGUGAACUACAUGCAGUAGCACAGAGAGAAGAUAUAGCUGUAUUAUACUUUCAUAAUAUUUGAGAAUAAGACAUCUUUUUGGAAUGUAAAACAGGUUUUCAGAUCUAAAGCAUUUUGUCAAGGUAAGAAUUAGGACUGAUAAAAUCUUUAGUAUUACUUGUGGGUACCUGUGAGAAACGGUUCCUAGUAAUUGUUCUGUUGAAGGAGAAAGUUUGUACAAAACAUGAAAUUCUAGGAACAGAGACACCUUAAAGAGUUUGAUGGUACCAGUUAUAGUGUUUACAUACACUAUAGAAAGCAUCUAAUAAACCACUUUAGAUCUAUUUCUUUAUACUUUUCCUAAUUACUUGCUUAAUAUUACUUAGGAUCAUUAUCAGUUCCCCCUUAAAAAUAUAUUUUUUAUACUUUCUAAGGAAUUUAAUCUCCUUAGAAAUUGAGUUCAGUUUCCAGUGAUGACUUACAUUUUGGAUCUAACUUCCAAGAGGUUUAGAGCUCUCCUUUGUCUUUUUUAUUAAGUCCACAAUUUCUUGGGUAGGAAUAUAAAUGUUAAGGUGAUUAUACGCAUCUGUUAGCUAAGCCACAAAGAUCUUUUAAAGAAGUAGAUAACCUGGUGGUUUUAGAAGUGUGUGGUGAUUUUUUUAUAGGAGGGAAUUUUCCUAAGUUUUGGUUUAUGGGUAUUUCCCUCAGAUACUAACUAGGGGAUUUUUUUUUUUAAGGGGUAAAGGGGGUUAUUUUCUUGUCUGUGGGUAAUCCCAUGAGCAGCAGUAUUCUCAUUAAUAAGGGUUGGAGUCUAGAGAGGUUUUCUUCACACAAAAAAUGCAUGUAUGGAAAGUGAAAAUUCACAGGAUUUCUUCUGCAUAAGCAAUCCUAUUCACUGGAUUGAAAAAGCUGGACAGUUAUUUGGAAUUCACUGGAUUGCAGUUUAGUGUGUGGGAAUCACCAUAGAUAACAAUGUUUAUCAAGCCUUUGUCAUGUUGGAUUAUUCAUAAUAGAAACUUGUUUUCUAAAACAAUUGUUAUAAUUGAAUUGUUACCCUAAAAUUGCUUUACAAAAACAGUGAAGAGUUCACGCACUAGUUUUUGUUAGGGAUUAUGCUAUCAUAUUGGUAAUAACAAUAGCUAGCUAGUGUUUUAAAAGUGAUGAGUCGUAAAAAAGUUCCAGUCUUAUAGCAGAAUUCUUCUGUCACUAAUCAAGUAAAAUUGAUUUGUGUGGUUUUUGUCUAGGUAAUUCAGUUCUUAAAAUUCUUUAAAAAUCUGUUUUUAAGGAUUUGAUAAUGUUUUUGAAAAGUUGAGGAUUUCUGUGUACAGGUAAAUUCACCCCAUCCCCCCUCAUUAAUAGAUAGUGCCUUCUUACUACUAACUGGUGUUAGUUAAAUCAAAACUCCAGUGAGACCAAGUGAUCUCAAGUUCUUUGUAAAAGAAAGUUUUUAAGAGUUGGAAUUUCCUUUUUAAUGCCAUUGAAGAUAAUGUUGCUUUGACUUACUCAUGAAGUAAAACUGCAUGGACUCUUAAUAGUAGCCGUUGGGCAAGUGAUUUUCCUAACCUCAUUGGUUUAAGUUGAAAUUUGAAAGUCACUUAUUUUUGGGUAAUUGGAUAGGAUUGUAAACACAAAAGCUGAUGUUUGUAGACACUAGCCCAUAUUCUCUACAAAGAUAUUUCCUAGGCAGGUGAUAAAGACCAAACCAGUGGUUGCACUCUAGGUCUGCUUCUUUUUUGUCCUUGUUCUGCCUCUGUUUAUGUAGUAGAAAGUGAGAUUCUAGCAACAGGCCUCAGUUCUGUUAUCUUUUUUGAUACUUAUGAAAAUGUAUUAGGUUUUACUAUAUUGUGCUUUUCAAAGCCAUAACUCUUAAGAACUUUUGUUUUUGCAUAUGUUUGCUAAUACUUUAUUUUAAUAAACUUCUAAACAUGC